GUUUGUUUUGGUGUGAGCAAAUUUGUUGAAGAACAUAUUCAAGACAGAGACUAGAUCAUGUGAAUGAAAUCUUGGAAGAUGGUGCUGAGACGCAGUAAAUAUAUCCUCAAUGUGCGGCUAAUAGGAAAAGUUGCUGUGGCACUUGCGAGUGUGAUGUGCUACUGUGAAUUUCUGCAUUAUUAUAUUGUGUUGUUUCAAUGUCAUUGGCCAGAACUUGAUCCGAAGUUAACUGUUCAAGACAUAAAAAAUGAUGCAGGCCCAUUACGCGUUAUGGUCUUGGCUGACACUCACUUACUUGGAACGAGAAAUGGCCACUGGUUUGAUAAGCUACGAAG